GAUGGCGGUGUCCGUGACAGGUCUGGCACAUUGAUUUCGCCUGGCGUUGUGCCGUUUAUCUUAUCCUUAAACCUUCUCCGUCAGUUGCAUGUGUUAACAGAAAUCGUCGUCACUGAAUAUUGAACGAAGUGAAUUGCAGAUUAUGGCACUCCACAGACUGUCCUUCAGACUACGGCAAACGGUAACACAUGUAAGGUCCCUUCACACCAGUGGAUGUGGACAGCAGCAGGAGGCGGUGGCUGUAGAUUCAGAACCUGAGCCCUUCUCAUUUUUCAGAACACAGGAGAAUGAUCCGGCAUGUCAGUCAGAGAAACACAUCGGGCAGUUUUACACACUGCCCUCCACACACAUUCGCACCGUGUUCCCUCAUGGCCUCCCUCGGCGCUAUCGUCAGCAGGUGAAGACCUUUAAUGAAGCCUGUAUGAUGGUGAGGUCGCCAGCCCUAGAGGUCAUCUCUUACAUGAAGAAAGCAGACUAUAGCAAGCCUGCUGUGCGAUAUUUAUUCUAUGGGUUGAAGGGCAGUGGGAAAACGAUGUCUCUCUGUCACACAGUGCACUUCUGUUAUACACAAGGAUGGCUGGUGCUGCACGUUCCAGAUGCUCAUCUCUGGGUGAAGAACUGUAAGGAGCUGCUGCCCUCAAUUUAUAACACAUCUCGCUUUGAUCAGCCAUUACAAGCCAGCGAAUGGUUACGCAACUUCAAAAUCACCAAUGAGCCGUUCCUUUCUAAGAUAAAGACAAAGCAGCGCUACAUGUGGACAAAGAGAGAGUUCACUGAGGAGGGAAGCACACUAGGAGAGCUGGUGGAUCAGGGCAUCAGUCGUGUGAAGAGCAGCAGUGAUGUGGUGGGGGCGUUGAUGAAGGAGCUGCGUCUGCACAGUGGGCAGCCAGAGUCAAACUUCCGCGUGGCCGUGGCUGUGGAUGGCGUCAAUGCACUGUGGGGAAGAUCUACUAUCAAGAAGGAGGAUAAGAGUGCUGUGGAUCCCGGGGAGCUCACUUUGGUCCAUAACCUGAGGAAGAUGAUGAAGAACGACUGGACUGGCGGUGCUGUCAUCACCACUCUUUCUCAGACGGGAUCUCUCUACACCCCACAGUCUGCCUACUUGCCCAAAGAGCUGCUGGGAGAGAGGGGCUUUGACAGCAUGGAGCCAUUCAUCCCAGUGUCAGUGCCCAACUACAGCGAGAAGGAGUUUGAGAGCUGUUACCUGUACUAUACGGACCGUCACUGGCUGCAGCAUCCACAGACUCAAACAGAGGAAGGAAAGAAAGAACUCAUCUUUUUGAGCAACAGAAAUCCGUCGAUGUUGGACAGAAUUUGUGCCUUCCUAUGAAUUUAAGUAAAGACUAGAAUUCCACACAUAAAUAUCACACACACACAAAUAUCAGUGUUGUAUAAAAACCUCAACAUGCAACUGUCCAUGUCUAUGAUACGUGUCCUUCUGUAAAUUAUGAUGAAUGCAUUUUUCUUUGAUAAUAAAAUUUUGAAUUAAGUAAAAAAUA